AAACUCGCUAGCUAAAGACACUAUAUAUACGGACAAGCCACGGUUUAUGAGCAAGGCACCAAGUUGAAAUCCCAUUCCUUUACAUCCUCUCUCAUUCUUCAAUCACCAAACUAUAAUUUUCGGAAAAUGCAGGAGAAAGUUGUAUUUAAGUUGGAUGUGUUUGACGAAAAAAUCAAACGGAGAGCUAUGAAAGUCGUAUGUGAGUUCCCAGGAGUUACUUUGAUAGACGUGAAGGAAAAAGGCAAACUAAAGGUGUCAGGAGAAUUCGACAAGUUUCAAAUGACGAAGAAGCUGAAGAAGAUAUAUGAAUAUGUUGACAUUAUUGCGCUUGAACGUGAUGGAGAACCGAAGCAAAAAUCGGAUCCGGCGAAGAAGCCUGAACUAAACCCUUUAUCAAAAAAGAAGAAGAAGCCUGAACUAAACCCUGUAUCAAAAAGAGAGAAGAAGCCUGAACCACUAGUGAAGAAGGCCCCAUCUUUCCGUCUUUGGAAGAUAGGUUUCUUUUAAAGGAAUCGAUUUUGAGGUUGUCGUGAUCUUUUGAGUUAUAUAGACAAUUGUAUUACGUUGAUAUUUCAUCUCAUUUUUGUGAAAAUUGUUUAUGUAUGUUUGAAAAAUAAUAUGGUGUCUGUUUUUUUUUUU